CUGGGGUGUCUAACUUCCCUUCCUGUCCCCCACAGCGGCCCUCCUGAGAAGAAGAUGGGCAUCAAGGCGUCCAACACGGCCGAAGUCCACUUUGAUAACGUCCGGGUGCCGGUGGAGAACCUUCUGGGCGCGCCAGGUGCUGGGUUCAAGGUGGCCAUGAAUAUCCUGAACAACGGCCGCUUCGGCAUGGCAGCCGCCAUGGCAGGGACCAUGCGGGCGCUUAUCCACAAGGCAGUGGAUUUUGCCGCCAAUCGGACUCAGUUUGGGGAAAAAAUCCACACUUUUGGAGCCAUCCAGGAAAAACUCGCCCGCAUGGCGUUGCUCCACUACGUGACGGAGUCUAUGGCCUACAUGAUCAGCGCCAACAUGGACCGGGGGGCUUCUGACUUCCAGAUCGAGGCGGCCAUCAGCAAAGUCUUCGGCUCGGUGAGUGCUGGCGGGGGGGCCCAAUGCAGUGAGGGUCUCUGACCUCCCCCCCCCCCCAGGAGACAGGAAUGAAAAGAG